AUGAAAGCUGGAAUUGAAGCAAUGAAUAUUUACUGCGGGUCUGCUGCGAUUAACGUACGUGAUCUUGCAAAAAGAAGAAACCUUGACAAUGAGCGUUUUGAAAAUCUUCUAAUGAUGGAGAAAACGGUUCCUAUGCCGUAUGAAGAUCCGGUUUCCAAUGCGGUGAACGCUGCAAAACCUAUUCUUGACCGAAUGAGCGAUGAUGAGAAAGCCAGCAUCGACAUGGUUAUCACUUGUACAGAAUCAGGAUUGGAUUUUGGAAAAUCACUGAGUACGUAUGUGCACCAUUACCUGGAAUUGGGACGUAACUGUCGCUUGUUCGAGAUGAAGAACGCAUGUUAUUCAGGAACUGCUGGUUUUCAAAUGGCGGUCAACUUUGUUUUCUCUCAAGUAGCUCCAGGAAAAAAGGUCUUGUUGAUUUGUACAGAUAUCACACGAAUGUCUGUGGUUGAAGGGCUUUCUGAAUUGGCUUUUGCUGAGCCUAGUUCUGGUUCAG